UUUUGCUUUCUCUGCGCUGACGCAGCGUUGCAUUAGUCACAACAAGUUCUACGUUACUCAUGCCUGUUUUAGUGAUGCUAAUAUACAAUUACUGCAUUCACAGUUGUGGUUGUGAGCAUGCGUCAUCCUAAAAUGAAGGAUAGAGAUUGAUCAAUCGAUGCAAAAUGAUACAAUGUUAGCGAACGAUGACUACUCGGUGAUUGUACUCAAUUUAACAGAAAUCAUAAGGACUGAACAAGAUUGCCUCUUUAAUUUAAUUUAAGUGUAAAAUUUGGUUACUUACAGAAAUGAUGAAAUAUUCAGACAACUGUGAGUAAAUAAUAGGUUUCUGAGUAUCCGUUCGAUUUAGAACUUCAAAUAUUAAACAGAUUCCUAUCCCUUAUGACGGUAAUCAUAUGGUGUUUGGUUUCUUAGGUAGACAGUAUUGUAGUUUAAUGUUUUAAAAACUCGAUUUGGAGUCUUCUUUGUUAAGCCAAUUAUCAUGUUAUGUAUAAGAUACCUGCCACUUAUUUCAGUUUGUCAAUAUAUUAAUGGUCGACUUAGCAGUCCUUUUUUUACCUCACUUAAACAUUUUUAAUAAGUGUUUAUUUGAAUGCUACAUUUUAUGUUGAUGAAUGCACCCGCCCCAACAUUUUUUCAAGACAAUUUUUACCCAAAAGGUAGAUUGUAGCAAUUAAUUGGUGCUGGGCCUUUAUGGAUGUAUUUGUCAACUUUUUGGUGAACAGUCAUAAGAUAGAGUAUUGCGAUAGUUGUUAUUUAUAUUCUCUAAGCCUGUCGUCUAUGAUGGAAACAGUCAAAAAUAAGGAAACUGGCAUGAUCUGACAUAAUUAUUAUUAUUUGAUCACAUAAACAUUGGUACAAGGAGGCACCGAAUACAUAUGCGCCACACAAUAACAAUGAGACCAGUAGUAGUUAUCACUGAUUCGUGUGAGGGCUGUGACACUGCUCGGGUGCCCGAAUCGAAGCAGGUGGUUAUCUUUUGAGGCCCCACACAGACCCUUUGACCUGAAGGUCUAACCCACAAGGCAGUGGAGCAACAUUAGGAGAUGCAGUCCCAUGGUAGCCAGUGACCAACAAUAAGUUCAUACUCCAUUUCUUCCCUCGGGAUCCUGGCGCUCAUCUGCACCAUUGGUUAGGAAUCAGGUUUUUCCAACUCCCCUAGGUGGACCUUCUGUGACCACCAACGCGGUUAAAGAGCCGGACAUUCGCUUUUUGUCCGUUCUAUUUCGUAAAUCACAGUAAUGCCACAAGAAGGCAGUGGGUAGGACUUCCCUGAGAGUGUCUGUAUACACGUAGCCAUGUGAGGGUAUCUCGAGUGUGAGAGCGGACUCUCCCCACUCUCGACCGUCUCAGGGCAUUUGGGGACAAAUAAUUAUGCUACCAACCAUUCGUAGAUGCAUUUGAAUAUUAAGAGAUGCACCAUUGCUACCAAAGCUAAAUGAUAUAGUAAUGUGUUCUUGGUGGACAAGCAAUCAUCAUUUGUACUAGAAAGCAAUAUAACUGAGAAAGAUAAACAUUUUAUUCCCCAUGGUUUGCUGAUAAUCGUAAAUAUACCAUUUCACGCAAUAGUUCAUACGCAGGUUAUUGGUAUAAUCGCAGAGUACUUUUAAUUCGACUGGGAACAUUGGGAGGCAAUCUGUUGGUUGAACAUAAUACAUUUUAGCUACCCACAAAUUCUAUAAAAGCUAAAUUGUACAAAAAAAUAACUUCGGACAAUGUUAAUGUUCUGAUUUCUAGUUCCAGCUAAUAAUGACUCAGAUUAGCAAUAAAGUAAAUACCUUUAUAAAAAUGUAUCUCUAUGCAAGGGAAAUAUAUGAGGAAGACUUCGUCUGACUGUCUUUUCCAAACAACAUCAUUCAGUUUAAAAGGACAUCCAAGACCACUUAUUUGGUACAGAAGUACAUCAUGCUAUCGUAAAUUUAGGUUUCUAAUCAAGUCAAUAUUGUAGGUUUCACCCAUUAAAGAUAUUCCAUCCCAUAAGCUGAUCUCUCAUACAGUAGGGUGUUGCAGCUGAUAUCCGACCAACGGACAUUGAGUAUCUUGUUUAGACGAUUGUUCAUAAAUACAUGUACAUUUUUGAUGAUGAUUGUAGUAGUUCUUUAAGUUUCAGUUCCGUACAGUAGAACUGUCUUGACGUUCGUAUUGAAGACCGUAACUUUGAUAUUGGUUGAUAGUCGUUUUGAUUUCCAUAUGUUCUUCAACUGUAAGAAUGCAGCCAUUACUCUGCCAAUCUUUGCCUUUAAGUCUGCAUCAGAUCCUCCCUGUUCAACGAUGAUGCUGCACAGGCACGUAAGAGUUUUCACCCCUUCCUGAGUUCCUCUACCAAGUGUGGUAAUGUUGGUGUUCUCUGUGUUGUAUUUGAGGACCUUGCUUUUUCCCUUGUGUAUGUUGAAGCCUACUGAUGCAGAGGCUUCUGCUACACUGGCUUUCUUCAUUUGCAUUUGUUGCUGUGUACGGGAUAGAAGAGCCAGGUCAUCUGCAAAGUCCAAAUCGUCUAAUUGCACCCAAGCUAUCCGUUGUAUUCUGUGUUUCCUUUCAGAUGUAGAGGUCUUCAUAAUCCAUCCAACCACCAGAAGAAAGAGAAAGAGGGAGAACAAACAGCCUUGUCUGACUCCGGUCGUCACCUGGAAUACGUUUGUCAGCUGUCCUCCAUGCACGACGUUGCACUGCACUCCGUCGUAUGAAUUCCGGAUGAUGAUGGCGAUUUUCUCAGGUACGCCAUAGUGUCAAAGAAGGUCCCACAAGGUCCUCCUAUCUACACUGUCAAAGGCUUCCUCAUAAUCAAGGGAGUUGAUGUAUAGUGACGAGUUUCACUCAGUUGGUUGUUCAAUGAUGAUCUGUAGUGUCGUGAUUUGGUCUGUGCACGACCGAUCCUUAUGGAAUCCGGCGUAUUGAUCUCGAAGUUGGGCAUCUACUGAAUCUUUCAUCCGGGUCAGCAACACUGAAAACUUUUCCUGGUACCAACAGUAGUGCAAUGCCUUGAUAGUUUUCAUAUUUGCUCAAAUCUCCUUUCUUCUGUAUAUUGACCAGAUAUCUUUCUUCCCAGUCAGUCGGUGGCACUUAUUCCUCCUCCCAAAUCUUUGUGAAUAAAAGGUGAAGCAUGUUUGCAGUUACUCUUAUGUCUGACUUCAGUGCUUCAGCUGGUAUAUUGUCAUAUCCUGCUGCUUUCUCACUCUUGAUUUGUCUGAUGAUCAUCCAGAUCUCUUCGAUCGUUGAUGGAGUGACAUCUAUGGGAAGGUCUGUGUGUGCUGCUUCGAUGUCCGGUGGACUCAAUGGAGCUGGUCUAUUCAACAGUUCCUCGGAAUAUUCUACCCAUCCGUUCCUUUGUUCUUGAAUCUCGGUGGUUGUCUUGCCUUCGUUGUCCUUGACCGGUCUCUCUGGUUUACUAUAUCUUCCUGCUGGUUUCUUCGUUGUAUCAUGUAGUUGUUUCAUAUUUCCUUCUCUUUCGGCUUUUUCCACCGUCGUUGCUACUUAUUCCACAUAUUUCUGCUUGUCGGCUCUAAUGCUCCUUUUCACUUGAUUGUUUUCUUCUGUGUAUUCAGUUUUGUGUCUUGGCUUUCUCUGUUGUUGUACUGCUGUCGUUAGUUGCUCUGUUCUUGUUCUUCCUUUUUUGAAACUUGCUUAGUGUUUCGAUAGAGAUUCAUUUCUUAUGUUGAUGCUUUUUGCGUCGCAGAACCUUCUGAUACGUUGAAGUUAGUGCUUCUUUGACUCUUCUUCUUUGAAUAGACCUUGUAGUGCUUGGAACCUGUUGUUGAGAGCUAUCUUGAAUUCGUUGAGUUGGCCAGUAUUUCAAUCUGAUUGUCUGUAGUGUGAUCUGGUGAGACCCAUCUAGCUUUGUGUAUGCAUUUGUGCGGGAAUAUUGUGCCACCUAUAACCAUUUUGUUGAAUGUACAUAAAUUUGCAAAUCUGUCACCGUUAUAGUUCCUUUCUCUCAGUCAGUCCAUGUCGUCCCAUGCUAUGUUCAUACUCACUGUUCUUCAUUCCGACUUUGGCAUUUAAGUCUCCCAUCAGGGUGGUCAGGUCGUUUCCUGAGCACUUCGCUAUUAUUUAUUGCAGCCCCUCGUAAAACUGAUAUUUAUCAUCUUCACUGCUAUUAUUGGUGGGUGCAUAACACUGGGUAACAUUCACUGUGAUCCCCUCCUUUGUUUUGAAAGGUGCUUUGAUGAUCCUGGAUCCAUGAGAUCCCCGUCCUAUAAGUGCUUUACGUGCUUUUUUGUAUAGCAUCAGAGCAACUCAUUGAGUGUGCGAAACAUUUUCUUCUUGAUCAAAGUACAUCAGCAUUUCUCUUGAAUUUAACCUCUUCUAUCCAGCUUGAGUCCAUUGGGUUUCGCUGAUUCCGAGCACCGUCAAGUUGUAUAUCCUAAUUUCUACAGCUAUUUGACUGAUCCUCCUGGCCUCUCACAUUGUCCGAACAUCCCACGUACCUAAAUUAGUUAUUGCUCUGGUUGUUAGAAGAGGCAUCAACCACGUGACUUCCGAAGAAUAUCGGCUUUCAUCAUGAGGCGCCAUAUUUCCUUCAUUUCAGAGGGCAGAGUUUGAAUUAUUUGCUUCGGUUACUCUGGUUAACGUUUUUUGCAAGCUUUUUUCUACAGGAUGGGGUUACUGACCCCAUACCUAACCCUCCUCUGUGUGGGCUUAGGACCAGCAGUAACCCUAGAAGAGCUUCAGGCAUUUACGAACUUGGCUAGUCAGCUAAAUACUACGGUCGGAAUACUGAAUUAAAUGUAGAACAAUAAAGACAUUAAUGGAAGGGUCUGAACAAACCUCACUACCCUCAACAAAAUUUAUCACUUCAAAGAGGUACAGUGCGAGAUAAUGUUCUGUCAGUCUCUCACUUUCACAAUAAUUCUGGAGUUCCAUAGUCUAACUCAAAUGUUUUCCCAUCUGCAUAAAGCUACAAACUACAUAACGUAGGAGUUUAUACUAUAGUAUAGGAAUUCAAUCUGAUUCACUUUAUUAUAGAACAGAAAAAGGAAACUCACAAUAGAAUGAAAGCCAUAAAAUGAAUGAUUUCCAUGUAUAUUGAAAAGUUAAUAAAUACAUUCUCACUGUUCUAAUCGAUUUCGAGCCGUGUUACUUACGGUCUUCAUACAUUAAGUACUGAGUUAUGAAAGGUUUCACCCAGAAAUUUGACACUUGUCUACACAGCCUAAACUAAAAUUAAGUAACUUUAUGAAUUGAUUCAAUGUUUAGGUCUAUUCACUAACAUAAUUUCUGCAACACGAUGACUUGAACUAGCAUCGUUCUAGAGUUGAAGGUCACUCAACGUAUUCAACAUAUUCUCCGGCCGCUUGGGUGAACCAAAGUUCAAAAUAUCAUCAAGUAUCACUUCCUUCCUGCUUUUGACUCUGCCUAACUUUAAGUGGUUUUAGCCGCAUCACCAUAAACAGUUAACAUUUUUCCUAUUUUGCUGUCUAAAUUAUGUAAAGUUGGACAGUCGUUUCCUAAUCUCCAUACUUCUCAAAUGUCGUAAUUCAUAUUUUCGUUUGUGCAAUGUAAAACUUUGAUCCUAGAUAUAGGGUUCCGGAGCCAAAAGCUGUUAGCCAAAAGAAUUUGAAUUGUGAUACCCAAAUAAACCCCGAGAAGCAGAAUUACUACACGGAUCUAGUAGCAUAUUUACAUUCUGAUCGUCCACCUAUCAAUAUAUACUCUGUGCGAUGCAGUUACACAGACUGAACAUGUUAAGAAAUAUAAUUCACAUUCAUCUGGGUCUUCUUUCGGUUCACAGUCAUCACGUUCAGUGUCUUCAAGCUCAUCAUCAUCAUCUACGUCAUCUUCCAGUUCUACUAGUCAGGACCAACCUACGUCUCAAACUGGUUUAAUGAAUAAUGGACUCUCACAUAGCUUUCUAGACCCAUCUGUAGAUGGUAAAUCGUUACUAUCACAUUCACUAUCUGUAGUUGAUGUGGGUGGAAAGAAUCUAGAGAAUUGUGGAUGCCGUGACUCAAUUAAACAUGGAGUGUAUGAGAAAUCCUGUGAACUCAAGCAAAAUAGUGCUUUAUCUGGAAGUUCACGUGUCAAUAAACGGCUAAAUCGCUCUAAUAAGAAAUCCGGAGAUAAAAGUAUACCAGCUUAUAAUGCAGAUAAACAACUUCGUAUUGCUGACGAAUGUAGGCGCAAAUAUACUAAAACAAUUCAUGGGCAGUUCUUUUCUAAAUCUCAUUGCUUUCAUCAAAGGAAACAAAAAGAUGAAGUUGCAAGUAAUCCAGGAAGAAAAACAGACACAUCAUCAGAAAGCAGAAUUUUAUCAAUGCGAGGAGUCAGAAAAUUUUCAUCGCCACUAAACAAUAGUAUAAACAAACACCCUUCUGUUCGAAGUUCUACUUCAAAGGACUUUAGAAUGGUUCAACAUGUUUCUCCUUCCUUACCUAGACUCACUCAAAGUACUGGUCCAGAUUCAUCUUCCAGAGGUCAUGUUCCAAAUCAUCUCCUGAAAGCUGUAGAAGGCGCCAUAAGAUUAUCUCGAGAUCACCAUGCAGUUCGCAGACAACAUAAUGCAGCCAAUUCUAUCCACCGUGAUCGAUAUUCAAAACACUUACACCGUAACUAUCAAACUCAUACUGAAAUAUCUCGUUUGGAAAGUGGUGAUUGCUCAAGCGAACCCGAAAAACGAACUAGGGAAGCUAGCUGUACACUGUUCACAAGACGUCUACGUUGUAAAGGUGAUAGUACAAAUAUGAUCGUCGAGUCAACCUCUCGAGAACCGAAUGAUUCAGGUCACAAACCAGAUAAAGAAAGUGAUCAGUUAACUUCUAAUGAGAAUUCUACACCUAAUGCUUUAAUUCCUGAUUCAUCAAACACUGUUGGUGAUAUUCACCUCCUUAGAGAUUAUUCGGCUCAGGAAAUCGUCCAUGACUCUAAUGAACAUGUAACAAACUCUAUCAACCCGUCUGAUCAAUCUUCAAAUCAGUUCUUGUCAAAAAACGCUUCAUUCUCCUCUGUAGAAAACAAAAUUGGCGAAUUAGUUAUUCCAGAAGUUUUGGGACUUACUCCACCUAUUUCUCAUGAUCAGGACUGUGUUGAAGAUAAAACUGCUUCACCUCUCACAAGAAAAACACCGAUGCACCCAGAAGAUUCAUUUGCCCAUACUAGUAGCAAUAACAGCCGGUCACUCUGUACAAGUUGCCAUUCACAUUCUAGAUCGGACCAUUCUUUAACAGAGUCAGACCACUCUGAAACCUGUGGUGGAGGAAUAGAAAACCAAGAAGAGGGUGAAGUUGCUGAUGACGUAGACGAUGACGAUGACACUGAGGUGUUCAAUUCUUCACCUUAUGCAGCUCAUACACGCAAAAGAUGUUGGUCUCGUCCAUCACCUACCAGUUGUAAAACUCCAAAAAUUUCCUCAGAUUUACAUGUUAUUGAGUCCACAAACGUUUCGAUCUCUGAAAAUUCAAAAAAUAUUUCACCAUACCCAAAUAUUGAACAGCGGAGAUGGAGUAGAUGUUCACAACAUUAUGAAAAAGAUGGUUCCAGGAACUCUAGUUCUGGUUUUAUGGAUUUGACUUUACGAGCAUCUCCCGGAUACGAAGACCAACACCCCUCCAAUCCAAAUACUUCAAGAUUUUCCCAUUCACCAGAAAGUCAUCGGAAUCAUGGGUCACAAUAUCCCUCAUCCAUUUCCAGAUCACCUUCAUUAAGAAAUUCUCGUAAUGAACAAUAUCGUCAUCAUCCUAAUCGGUCAUCUAACUCAGCUUCUAAAUAUCAUCCUUGUCAGCGUCAUUACAAAUCCCCAGAGAGGAGUGCCCGAGAUUUCACCUCUGGAAAGCACAAUAAAUCAUCUGUUUCAUCAAAUCAGCCAAAAAGACGUACUCACCAUUCUCCAGUACCACUAAAUAAUCCUAAUUCAUGUUUCCGCCGAUUUGAACGUGAACGAAUAAAUCUUCACAACAGACGGUUUCGCGCUUUAUCUCCGGUGAUAAAUAGGAAUGCUUAUAGAAGAAUCGGCAUUAAUUCAUUAAAAGUGUCUGGUCCACGUUUCAACCGUACUCAUCACCAAAGAAGAUUUUAACCAUAUAUGAAAAUUAUUGUACAGCUUCAAAUCUCACGUCCCUUUUAGAGAAGAAAUCGAAGAACAAAUAUAUUAGCUAUUUUUCCUUUGGAAGUUAUUCUGUCUGUAUUUCCUUGUUUUUGUUAGCUUCUAAUUUUUGGUUGCCUACCAUGUCCUCAGUAAAAAUAAAAGUCUAUAUUAAGCGGUGCUGCUACUUCUUUGGUCACAUGUUCCUGUAUCGGUGUUUAUUUUCUAUGUAUAUUUGAUCAGUUUUUACUUUUUAAUUCUACCAAGGUUACUGUUGCACUCAAACAUCUUGAUUGUAUAUUGUGCUAAACAGUAAUAUGGAAACGAUUCUGAAGAUUGAGAAGUAUGUGACUAUUAGGUCUGAUUAUUGCCCAUCUAAUUAGAGAUUAAAAUGUUUGACAUUCAGGUGUGAUGUUGUAGAACUAAGUUAACCAGCUAAACUUGCUAGCUUGAUUAUAAAAAUAAAUGCCAAUGUAUGGAGGGGACCAGUCAUUUACGAGUCGAACACCUACGAUGAAUUAAUUAAAUUUUUAAAUGACUAACAAUUAUAAAUCCAGCAGUUUAAUGCGAAGAUACUUUUAGUUUCUAGACAUUCUAUGUAAAUUAAAUGACAUUAGACAGUUUUUCUAUGAUCUCGUGACAUAAUAAAUACAUUUACUUCAUGUAUGCUAACAUCUUUGUAAUCUCAAGCUGACAUAUGUAGCAUUAUUACAAAAACAGUAUUAAUGGAUAUAAUCCUUUGGUCCUACAAAACGUUCCCAUAUUUGGCACGUUAUAACAAUGAGUGUAACGUCCACAUUGAAUUUCGACAUCAUCGGUUAGACAGAAAAGAUUUAGAGGAAUAAAAUUUGUUUCAUUUCUCGGUACAUACAUGUAAGCUGUACACUUGGUACUUCUUGAUUAUUUGUUUCAUUUAAACUUGCUUGAUGUAAAAUGCUAGAGACAUAUCAAUCAAGUUUACACUUGAACUCUAAAAUGUACCUGAGUACGAAGAAAAUAAUUGUACAAAUAUCAACCCUCAUUUGCUAAAUAACGUUUCUGGAUUUAUUUUCAUCACCAAUAUGUGUAAGCAUGUGAGAAUCUCAUGUAUCGUGAUAAACUAGUAAUUAAACCAUGCAACUUUCAACCGUUUGGUUACAGAUUCGAACCACGCUAAACCUAGUUAUGUUUGAGUGGCGACGUAAUACUACUAACCUCCAGAGUGCAGUCGAAAAAUGGACAUGUAAAUUGUAGUUGGUAGAAAAGUUAUACUUGGUUUUUAAUUAGUUUCCAUUUUAAUGCCCCAAAUUUCGUUACGUUAAUAAGUUGUGGUUCUUACGUUCCACACAAAGUCGUUAAAUCAUAAUCCAAAAAGGAUAGAAUAGACGUACGGGAUCAGUUUACUAGACUCCAGCAAAUGACAUCGGUUUAUGCAUAGAAAUCUACUACUCUACACUAUACCAUUUGACUUCCCCUAGCUGGUUGUGAAGUAGCGAAUAUCCCCUCAGUCUUGACAUUAAGCUUGAAAUUUGUCUGCUUAUCCUGAUAGUCUGUAUCUGAAGAAUUCGCUAUCAUUCGUAUUCCAUCUGUAACUAAACCACAUGAGUAGCAUUUGAGUGCACUGAAAGUGCGAUUGAUGGCAUUAAAAGUUGAAGUGCAUUGAGAAAAUAGGUAUUAUAUUGCUACCAUCAUCAAUAAUAUUAUUCGGUUUCCUGCAUGUGUGUUGUUAUGUACUCUG